AGUUCCAGAGGCCAUCAUGGCAGUCAAGUGGACCAGUGGGCAUUCUUCUUCUAUCCUCUGCCUGAACGCAAGUAAAGAUGGGCUGGUGGCUUCAGGAGCAGAGGGUGGAGCUCUUGUGGCAUGGGGUGAAGAUGGGUCUCUACUAGGACACAUGCAGUUGGAAGGGGCUGAAGAUGUUACCAGUGUCUUGUUUUCUCGCUCCUGCGCCACCAAGCUCUAUGCCUCCCACGGAGAAACCAUCAGUGUACUAGACGUCAGGUCCCUUAAAGGGGCCCUGGAUCAUUUUCAUGUGAAUGAGGAAGAAAUCAAUUGUCUGUCACUAAAUGACACUGAAAGUCUGCUGGCUUCUGCUGAUGAUUCUGGGGCAAUCAAAAUCCUGGACCUGGACAAGAAGAAAGUUACCAGAUCUCUGAAGAGACAUUCCAACAUCUGUUCUUCUGUGGCUUUUCGACCUCAGCGGCCUCAGAGCCUGGUGUCCUGUGGCCUGGAUAUGCAGGUGAUGCUGUGGAGUCUUCAAAAAGCCCGUCCUGUCUGGAUUACAAAUUUACAGGAGGAUGAAACAGAGGAAAUGGAAGGCCCUCAGUCCCCUGGUCAGCUCCUAAACCCGGCACUAGCCCACUCUGUCUCUGUGGCAUCGUGUGGCAAUGUUUUCAGCUGCGGUGCAGAGGAUGGUAAGGUGCGCAUCUUCAGGGUGAUGGGAGUCAAAUGUGAGCGAGAGUUGGGAUUUAAGGGUCACGCUUUGGGGGUAUCUCAGGUCUGCUUCCUGCCCGAGUCCCAUCUGCUGCUCACCGGAGGGAAUGACGGGAGGAUAAGGCUGUGGGAUGUGAGCAGCGCAAUGGAAAAGAAGCAGAAGAGCCCCGCAAAGCACACCCACAGGAGGAAAGCAAAGAGAGGCAUUUGCCCCGGGCAGGGUGGGAACUCCAGUGCCGCAGCAGCAGAUGGGGAGGAACAUGCAAAGAUUUUGCCAAAGCUCAAUAUUGAACAUGGAGAGAAAGUGAACUGGCUGCUGAGUACAAAAAUCAAAGGGCACCAAAGUAUAUUAGUGGCUGAUCAGACAAGCUGUGUAUCUGUGUAUCCCUUAAAUGAACUGUAGGUCCAAUAAAAUGCACUGUAAGAACUGACAAUGUCUUUUUGGUUUUCU